AUGCUUCUCCACGAAGACCAUGAUGUUUCAUCUCCAUCCAGAAACUCUUCCCCCGAUGUCGUCCUUAUGGUGUCCAAUCCAGAUGUCGGACGAGUGGACAGAGGAACCAAGCCCGCCAUCGUCAUCCUCACUCCAAACCUCAACAACUUCUCGGACGACGACACCGAGGAUUACGCCAAGUUCAAGGAAAGAGAGAGAGUCCACCGACCGUCACCCAAGGGGAGCCCACGAAAUGCAUCAUGGAAUGAAAACCCUGAUGACCGAAACCCACCGGGCUCUGACGAAAUACCAGUCCCUCAGGACUAUGAGCAAGAACAGCAGCUCAACUCCCAAGCCAUGGAGAAACUGAACCGGUACCAGUUAUACAGGGAACUACACCUCUAUUCUCACUCCGGAGAUUUGGAGCGACACGCAGACACACUCCUCCAGCAAAACACUAUCUCUGUGGUAAUACAAAUGGCCACAGCCAUGGCCCUACAACAACUUGCUAACUUCUUGGCAGGGCAACCUGGGAAUGAGAAUAGCGACAUACCUCGACAACUGGCUAGUGCCAGUCUCCAGAUCAGAGGGCUCGCCCUCCAAACCAAUCCUGACACGGCCUCUUGGUACGAACACAACAAUGGACGACCACGAGCUCUCCUCAUCCAUCCCGACGAGUUCUCCCAGUAUGUCAACAGAGAGCUCCUUCCAGCUCUCCUCUUCACUAGAGAACUAGGCGCUGUCCAACCAAGUAGAACCGAUCCUUUCCGCGUUGUCACCUGGAACCACAUAGCAAUCCCGCGACUUCCUCCUCUCACCGGAUAUGAAAUUUUCCCCUAUCCCAUGGGGGUACCAACGAGGAGGAACCACCUGUCUAUCGAAGAAAUGAAGGAAGGAGGAGUCGAGGAAGCCAGGCAACCCUUCGCCGCAGAACAACUAUUGGCGGGAGUAUUCGACACCGGUCUGGAACGCCUCCUACUAGUACUCAAUUUCAUACAGACAAGGGACAGAAUAACCGAAGUAGCCGCAGAACUCGCCGUGCUGAUUCAGAGGCUAGAAGAAAUCGCUCUUGGACUCGAUCCAAGCUUGAUGCAUGGGAUGCUCUAG